AUCGGACACGAUCUACAUUUAGAACCGAGGGGCCAUGGGAACGAAAAAAGUGUCGUACUUUUUCAACCCGGACGUGGGCAACUUCCACUACGGGCCGGGCCAUCCGAUGAAGCCGCACCGGCUGUCGGUCAUCCACCAUCUGGUGAUGAACUACGGCCUGCACAAAAAGAUGCAAAUCUACCGGCCGUACAAGGCCAGCGCACACGACAUGUGCCGCUUCCACAGCGACGAGUACAUCGACUUCCUGCAGCGGGUCACGCCGCAAAACAUUCAGGGCUACACCAAGUGCCUAUCUACGUUCAACGUCGGCGACGAUUGUCCGGUGUUCGACGGGUUGUUCGAGUUCUGCGCCAUGUACACCGGAGCGUCCCUCGAGGGCGCUCAGAAGCUGAACCACAACCACAGCGACAUCUGCAUCAACUGGUCGGGCGGGUUGCAUCACGCGAAAAAGUUCGAAGCUUCCGGCUUUUGCUACGUCAACGACAUCGUCAUCGGGAUCCUCGAGCUGCUCAAGUACCACCCGCGCGUCCUGUACAUCGACAUUGACGUGCACCACGGGGACGGCGUCCAGGAGGCGUUCUACCUGACCGAUCGCGUCAUGACGGUGAGCUUUCACAAGUACGGCAACUACUUCUUCCCCGGCACCGGCGACAUGUACGAGAUCGGUGCCGAGUCCGGCCGGUACUACUCGGUCAACGUCCCACUCAAAGAAGGCAUCGACGACCAGAGUUACGUGGCCACGUUCAAGCCGGUCAUCACGUACGUCAUGGACUUUUACAAACCAACCGCGAUCGUCCUACAGUGCGGCGCCGACUCCCUGGCCGGUGACCGGCUCGGCUGCUUCUCCCUCAGCACCAAAGGCCACGGCGAGUGCGUUAAAUUUGUCAAAGAUCUGAACGUCCCAACCCUGGUCGUCGGAGGCGGCGGCUACACCCUGCGCAACGUGGCGCGCUGUUGGACCUACGAAACGUCCCUCCUCAUCGACGAAACCAUCUCCAACGAGCUGCCCAUGAACGACUACCUGGAGUUCUUCGCCCCGGACUUCACCCUCCAUCCAGACAUUCCCAGCCGGCAGGACAACGCCAACAGCAAACAGUACCUGGAAGCGAUCACCAAGCACGUGUACGACAACCUCAAGAUGUGCCAGCACGCGCCCAGCGUCCAAAUGUUCCACAUCCCCGAGGACGCCCUGCCGGAGGAGGUCAAGGUCAAGGAGGAACCCAACCCGGAAGCCCGCAUGACCCAGGAGGAAGAGGACAAGCACGUCGAGCCGAAGAACGAGUUUUUCGACGGGGAAAACGAUAACGACAAAAGUGAGAACGAUCCGUGAAUUGCACGCUUAGCUUAGGCGCUUAACUUUAAGAUUCUUAACAGCAGCAGCAAGUAGUAGUUUUAAGCUCAAUCGCAAAUAGGAUUUUAACCAAUUAAAAAAAAAGAAUUUAAACUUAAGUAGGGGCUUCAGGACCGAUCGUAAUGCUGGGUACGAUUUAAAUUUUUAUAACGCUAGAGAUUAAUAAAUUCAAUUACCGCAUAGAAAGUAUUAUCGCAUCAA